AUGAGUGAUGUUGAGUGUGGACCAGGCACAAUCACAUCAACCACUUCUCAGUCCUUCCAGAGAGGCUUUGCCGAGCAGCUCGGAGUUUUUCAUCCUACAAGUUAUCUCGGAGAUGUUGUCGAAAAGCUUGUGACCACUCCUCAAUACAACGAAGCUUCAGGAACAGUAACAACGACUGGGUACAAUUUACAAUGCGCGGGUGGUGCCGCAUGUAUAUUGUAUUUUCAGCCAUAUUUCACUGUCUCACAGGUCAAGACGUAUACGGUUUCUGUCUCGGAUGACGGAAGUCUUUGCUCAUCGGAUGACUCGAAUGCUUCAACUGGACAAUACACUACCCCUAUGACAGAUGUGGGGUGCGAAGGCGAUGGUUGUAGCGCGGCCGGGAUAUGGGGAGUAUGCUAUGCUUUUGAUUUCGGCGGUGAACAGACCUGCCCUGGCACUAGAGCUUCCUCUUUGCCAGGUAUCCAGUGCCCCAGUAACUUUGAAGCCAGUCCAAACGCGCCACAAUAG